AUGUCUGACUCUGACAACAAGGCUUUCAUAUUGAACUAUGCUCUGAGCACGACGUUCGGGCAGAGGCCCAUUCCUGAGUUGGCACCCGAUGAAGUGCUUAUAGAGGUAAAGAAGACAGGAAUCUGUGGAUCUGAUAUGCAUUCGUAUGCAGAAGGACGGCUCGGACUCAUGGUCGUAACUGAGCCACUGGUCCUCGGACACGAAUCGUCUGGUACCAUCGCGAAAGUCGGGUCGAACGUGAAAAAUGUGAGCGUCGGAGAUCGCGUUGCGAUGGAACCUGGUGUGACAUGUCGCAAAUGUGAUGAAUGCAAGAGUGGCAAAUACGAGCUCUGUCAACAUAUAGCCAUUGGAUCGCUUCCUCCACACGACGGUACACUCAAGCGCUAUCAUAAGCUUCCGUCGGACUUGACAUAUAAGCUUCCUGAUCAUCUUACCUUUGAGGAUGGGGCUUUGGCAAGUCCCAGACGUCUUAGAGUUGUCAUGAUGAUCUCUAAACAGUUCACUCAGAUGGAACCAUUGUCGGUCUCAGUCCACGCAGUCUCAUCAGUAGCUCAUCUACGAGCAGGUCAGAAUGUUCUCGUUUUUGGUGCCGGGCCAGUCGGACUCCUAUGUAUGGCAGUUUCACGUGCACUUGGUGCAAAGCGUGUCAUCGCAGUCGAUGUUGUUCCGACCCGGGUUGAGUUUGCUUCCACUUAUGCUGCUACAGAAGUAUUUUUGGCGCCUGCACAAUCUGGCGAGGAUGCAAUGGAGUAUUCCAUGAAAACAGCAGAGACGAUUAAGAGUACACUAGGAGUAGAAGACAGAGGACCAACGAGUAUUGACCUGGUUAUUGAUGCAACAGGAGCGGUGACAUGCAUUCAAAUGGCUUUCAUACUGGCAAAGGCUGGCGGUACUAUUGUACAAGUCGGUAUCGGAGCCAUGAAGGCGGAGAUCCCCAUCGGUCCGGUUUUGAUGAAAGAGCUUACGUUCAAGGGUGCUUUUUGCUACGGACCAGGUGAUUACCCGCUUGCAAUCGCCCUUGCCUCCUCGGGAAAAGUCAAUCUUAAACCGCUCGUAACGCACAGGUUCAAAUUUGACAAUGCAAAUGAAGCUUUCGAAAUAACUCGCGCAGGAAAAGGUGUCGAUUCUAUUGGUAAAGUCGCGAAUGUUAUCAAGACGAUCAUCUCCGGGCCAGACGUCGAUCCUGCUGAGCCUUGA